CUUUUGCACGAUCUGUUGUGACGGCGCAUAAUCCAUCUCCCUUUCGCUACCGUACAAGACGAAAGCCUAAGCAUCUUGACGUAAGAAUAGCAAGACAAUGGUCUCGUUUCCCGGUUGGUUGGUGUGGGCAUUGGUUGGUGUGGCAACUGCCACUGCAGCCGUGCAUUUCAACCAGGACAGUAUCAACAUGUUUUUCAUGCGACUCUUUCGCGACAUUGGACGACACAAGGCCUAUAAACGGCGCUACGGGAGCAAUGAGUAUGCUCUAACGACCUUUCUGCUGCAACAAGAAGAUCCAUUGCUGGGGGUCGAUGAACGGGAAGACCACUUGCCCACAUACACCGUGGACGAAUUAUGGGAAAUUGGCAACGUGGAAGAAUUUGAAGAUGCGGAAGAAGAUGAACCACGAAAACUACUGUUGAGCAUUUUUGGACGAAUCUACGAUGUGACCAAGGGCACCAAAUUCUAUGGACCCGAUUCCAGUUACAGCAUGUUUUGUGGACGAGAUGUCACAUAUGCACUGAGUACAGGCUGUAAAACAGAAAAAUGCCUGGCCAGCAACGUUGAUGAGCUGUCCGACAAACAACUUGAUGAAGGAAAGCGAUGGCUCUCUUUUUUCCAGUUGCACGACAAGUAUCCACUGGUGGGAAAAUUAGACAACAGCCCCAUGGAAAGCAUGAUGAAUCAAUGGAUUGAUGAAAUUGUGGCCAACAAGGACAAAGAAGGAGCUGGACAAAUGCCACCACUCAACUUCUAGCUGUGAGACAAAAGCAAUAAUUCACAACAAAAGUUGGACCUGUGAUCAAACAAAGCUUUGUCACCAACAACAGGACCAUUUCCGGCGGAAAGACAUUGAAUGGCAACUUUUGCCAAGAUGGAACAGGGCGCAAAACAUUUGAAUCGGAUCUCAAUCCUUGAGAUUUCUCUGGAUUUGGACAGACAUGUGGGACAAAAACUGUUCACUGGGCCCCGCAAAACGCAAGAAAAUAGCUGCAUGAGGGACUACUUGAUUUCUUCAUUCAUUCAUUGGAAACUAUCCAAUCGACUACCUGCGGUCUAAUUAGCGGCUACAGCCAUGCGUACGGUACUAGCUAGACAGGAAUGGUAAUUGUCAAAUUCAUUGAAAGUCUAUC